AUGCUACGUCUAUCAUACUGGGUAUUCCCCAUCAUCGCCGGCCUCGUGUGGCUGGGCACCCUACUGGGCCUGUUUCUUCACUGGGUCAUCGACACCAACGAAACCGUCUACCCCUCCAUGAGCGGCGGCCAGACCAUCGCCUACAUCUCAGACGUCGGCGCCCAGGAGCUGAAGCCGCUCUUCAUCACCGGCAGCGUCAUCACCACCAUCUUCUUCGACAUCUCCUUCCUGAGCGACCGCUGGCUGCGUCACAAGGGCCGUCUCGUCCCCAACACCACCAUCGGCGAGAAGAUCCUUUCCGGCCUGACCAUCUUGUGCGCCCUCGUCGGCACCGUCGGCCUCAUCCUGCUCAGCAUCUUCGACACCGCCCGCCACCCGCGCCUGCACGACCUCUUCCUGGGCCUCUUCAUCGUCGGCUACCUGCUGUCCGCCAUCUUCAUCUGCUGGGAGUACCAGCGCCUAGGCAUCCGCCACCGCGAGCACCGCAUCCUGCGCAUCUCCUUCUGGAUCAAGCUGGCCUUCGUGCUCAUCACCAUCUGCCUGGCCAUCCCCUUCUGGGUCAUCGCCGUCGUCUUCAGCUUCUACGUCUUCUCCUUCUACGUCGAUCUCUACCCGGCCGUCUACACCAAGCACGGCGGCAACUACCGCACAAAGACCUGGGACGGCCACCAGCGCAAGCCCGAGGUCCGCAAGAUGGAGGAGGGCUCCAGCAGCACCAGGAGCUACCUCCACGGCGACGGGAACCACGUGCCGAGCAACUUCUAG